CGCAGUUCCGCGUCCGUUCCGCCUCCACUCCCCACUCCUUUAACCCCAGCCCUUCUCCGCUAGUCCGUCCCACUCCUCUCCUCGCGCGGACAAUGGCGGGCAGGGCGUCGUCGGAGUGGGGCCCGGGCCCCGCGCUGGUGGCGCUGCUCGGCCUCGGCCUCGCCGCCUACAUCGUCGGGCCACAGCUCUACUGGCGCGCUGCGGAGGCGCUCACGGCGGGUGCGUGCCCCGCGUGCGACUGCGACUGCGACGCGCUCCCUCUUCUCGCCCUCCCUGAAGACUGUGCUAAACAAUUCAAGGAGGUUCGCGGUCAUGCAUCUGGUGAAGAAACUGAAAAAAGUUUCACAGAGCUACUCAUAGAAGAACUGAGGCAGAGAGAAGAGGAGGCGACACAAGCUCAGCAACAAGCUGAUGUAAAAUUGCUCGGGGCCAAAAAAUUAGCUUCGCAAUAUCAAAAGGAGGCUGACAAAUGCAGCUCCGGUAUGGAUACCUGUGAAGAAACUCGGGAAAAGUCAGCUGAAGCCUUGGUUGAACAAAGGAAAUUGACUGCUCUGUGGGAGCAAAGGGCUCAGGAACUAGGAUGGAAACCCGGGAAUAUAAAACCACACUUGAAGUAGCCAAAUAUACGAAUCGGAUGGCAUUGGAUACAUCAUGUCUAGCAGCAGACAUCUCACUGCAAAUACAGUCCACGAUGAGGUGGAGAUGAUAGAGGAAACACAAGGGUUUUUUAUUCAGUGAACUCAUCUGUAUUUACAUGUCACGGGCUUCUCUGUCCAUAGUAAUUUAUAUUCAGGUUUAGUAUACUUCCAUUGCUGUUUGGGAGCACUGUGUUAAAAUGGUCGUAGGAUGACACUCAUCCGCAUGUAGAUCAUGAAGGAGUUAUUAGUAGCUGGUAAUAAAGAAAAAAUUGGUUCUUAGUUCUUUC